CCGCUAACCCGGAAGCAGUCGCCGAAGACGAGUUGGCUCGGCGCGCAAAAUGGCUGCAUAAGUGAGGCCUGAAGUUGUAAUUCUUUAAAAGAUUGUCAAAGAAUCUUUGGCAGAGUUAUUAGUUAGCAGAACGUUAUCGCGUCGCCAAGGAGUUAACACCUGGAGCGGAAAUACCAGGUAAGAUAGAAUAUGGCAAAGAGGACAGCAGAUAAAGAAUUAAAUGACAGAAACUGGGAUCAGGAGGAUGAAGAAGAGGAGGCAGGAGUGUUCUCUGUUGCUAGUGAAGACGUCAUUAAAAACCGAACCAUCAAAAAGGCAAAGCGCAGGAGUAUAUCUAUGGAGCCUGAAAUUGGUGGAGCUUUUAAGAAUUUCAAGGGGUUCUCUCAGAUGUGUCCUGGAGAAAAAGUUAGUGGUUUUGGAAAUAUACCCAGUUUUAAAGGACUUCCUGGACUUUCCAAUGGAAGCAGAGGUGCAUUUGGUGCUACUGCUGCUUCUGAUGUAAAGACAAUAUCUGGCCCUUUAAACUUUAAUGGUCCAUCCUCGUCCCAGCUUGUGACAAGUGAUGCCAGUUCCAAAUCUAAUGGUGUGACUCAAUCCAGCUCAGUCCCUAACUUCUCUCAGAAUAAAAAUACCAUCAAUCGGGAGUAUAAUAAGCAACUUGCUGCUCUGAACCGCUGUGUACGGGACUGGAUCACAAAGCACGUAAAUGACAACCCACUAUGCGAUCUGAGCCCCAUCUUUAAGGAUUAUGAGAAGCACUUGGCUAGCAUUGAACAAAAAUAUGGCAGUAACUUUGACAACACAGAGAGUAAUACUAGCACAAGACAGUCCGAGCUAGCUGCUGCACAGGUGCCAGUUUCUUCUAAAGCCCAAGAGACAUCAACAUCCAUGUUGUUUUCUGCAAAUGAGCAAAAGGAAGGCAUCACCUCAAAUAUCACAGCUGUAGCCCCUGGUGUUUCCACAGCCAAUGUCACUUUUCAGUUUGGAAAAAAGGUUGACAAUUCUGUUCUAGGAACCCUUCCUGCCAGUAAACUAGCAUCCAGUUUCACUUUCACCACUCAAUGCAAUACCAUGACUUUGUUUGGAAGCCAAGCAACACCGUCACCAUCAUCAGCUUCGAUUGUACCAGUUCCAAAAGCAGACAGUGAUAAUGGCAGUAGUGAAAAAGGUAGGUGUAAGUUGUUCUAUAAGAAAGACAAUGAGUUUAAAGAAAAAGGCAUUGGAACACUACAUCUAAAGGCAAUUGCUGAUAAAAGAACCCAACUUUUAGUCCGAGCAGAUACAAAUCUGGGAAACAUCCUGCUGAAUAUAAUGCUACACUCUUCAAUUCCUUGUACCAGAGCUGGGAAAAAUAAUGUUAUGAUUGUAUGUGUUCCUAAUCCGCCACUGGAUGAGAAGACCCAAGCUAGCCCUGUUCCUAUGUUAAUCCGAGUGAAGACAUCAGAAGAUGCCGAUGAGUUGCACAAAAUUAUAACAGAAAAGAAGGAAUCACAUUAG